AUGAUUGAAUGUGUUGCUUCUUAUGACUUGUGGAUUUGGCAUUCGUUUUUCGGUCCUGCUGGAUCGAACAACGAUGUCAAUGUUUUGCACCAGUCGCCGUUGUUUCAAAACGAGCGUAAUGGAUCCGCGUCAGACAGUUCAUUUAGCGUAAAUGGACAUGAUUAUAAGCGCGGUUACUACCUUACCGAUGGAAUCUAUCCUAGGUGGGCAGCGUUUGUUAAAGCUUAUCCUCAUCCAGUGGAACAAGAUGAAAAGAAAUAUAAAAAACUACAAGAGACUGCAAGAAAGGAUGUUGAGCGAGCGUUUGGUGUUCUCAAGGGAAAAUGGAAGAUCUUGGACCGUCCCCUCCGGCUAUGGACAAAGGAGAAGAAGUCGUCGCUGCGUAUACUAUACUACACAACAUGA